UUCCUCCUCCUCCUCCUCCUCUGGGGAAGCCGCUGCACUCGGUGGAUUCUACACCCUGGACCCGAGGCGAGGGAGGAACAAACCGGGAGCCGACGGUGCUAACAAGCAGGAGCCAAAGGAGGAAACGGAGAGAGGGGGAGCGUGGAAGAGAAAAACACACCCCAAGUGUUCACCCCAUCCACCGCACACAUUAGGCUGAGGAACCUGCAGAGCCUGUCUCAGCUUGCCAGCCACAGUGGGUUUAGUGCAAUGGCUCUGUUGACCCUGCACAGGAUUCCAUCCCUCUCCACCGCUCCUGAUGAAAGCCUCCAAAAAAGAGGGAGACUGCAGAAAAGGGAGAGCUUUGCCCUUGUAAAAGGGGCGGUGCUUCUGCUGGAAGAGGGCGAGGGCGUGGACCCUCACGAUGAGACAACUCACUCACCAACAUCUCCCACAAAGCAAGGCGGCAGAACGUCAGACAAACAGCACAGACACCUCCACGCCAUGAUUGAGCAGCUCAGGCCAGAGGACACCAUCCAGCUGGCGGUGCAGCUGGAGUCCUUUAACCCCAGCAGAGUCAGGUAUCUGAUCGUGGUUUCCACCCUCGGCAACAAACAGGAGAGCAUCCUGCUGGGCAUGGAUUUCCCCAACUCUGACAGUGACCAGUGCACCAUCGGCUUGGUUCUGCCGAUAUGGAGCGACAUGCAGGUGUAUCUGGAUGGAGACGGUGGCUUCAGUGUGACAUCAGCAGAAGAGACCAGGAUUUUUAAGCCUGUCUCCAUGCAGACCAUGUGGUCAGUGCUGCAGGCGUUGCACGGCUGCUGUGAGCGGGCGGUCAAGGCAGUGUUGAUCCCAGGCUCUGGCCUGGAGUGGGCCCAGCACUACCUCAAGCACAUCGAGUCAGACCGCUUCUGCCUCAAUGAGUGGGAGGCCAUGGACGAUCUGGAGUCAGUCCGCAAGGACAUUGGUGGACAGAGUUCUGCAGACAGAUUCUCGAACGAGAUGCUGAUCAAAGAGAACCUGAGAGACAUUAUGAGGACUGAAGACCUGGACAACCUCACGUCUAAAAUGGUGCACACUAACCUAAAGUCGAGGAUCGGCUUCGAUAUGGAACCUUACAAGCAAUACAUUGACAAUGAGAUCCUGGUCACCAUGGCUCAGAUGGAUAAACCCUCUAAAAUGUUAGACUAUCUCUAUCUGGGCUCUGAGUGGAACGCUGCUAACUUUGAGGAGCUGCAGAAAAACAAUGUUGGCUACAUUCUGAAUGUGACGAGAGAGAUUGACAACUUUUUCCCAGAGUCCUUCACGUACAUGAACAUCAGAGUGUACGAUGUCGAAGCCACCGACCUGCUCCCCCACUGGACAGACACAUACAACUUUAUCAACACUGCAAGGAAGAGGGGACAGGCGGUGUUGGUGCACUGUAAGAUGGGCGUUUCUCGCUCUUCAUCCACGGUGAUAGCCUAUCUCAUGAAGCAGUAUCGCUGGACGUUGGAUACGGCGUUGGCCUACGUCCGGGAUCGCAGGCCUAUCAUUCAGCCCAAUGAAGGCUUCCUAAAGCAGCUGCAGACCUACAAUGGUAUCCUCAACGCAAGCCAGCAGCGUCACAGCGCGCUCUGGAGGAGAAAGUCGAGAGACCAAAGACAGAAGUCACUUCGCAAAGAGGAAGGAGACGAGGAAGGAAAAGCAGAAGAGGAGGAGGAAGAAGAAGAGGACGAGGAGGAUGAGGACGAGGAGGAGGAUGUAGAGAGUUCAGAUGAAAAAGAUUCCGGUUGCUCAGAAGAAAGAGAUGAGUCAGAGGAUGAAGGAGAGGUGUUUGUAGAACCCGUCCCCUCGUCUGACACCAAUCAGGAACCUGGGCAGAUGGGACCAGCGGGUGUCGGCCCCACAAUAACGAUUAACGAACCAGAAAAGGUCGCUUCGAGCAUUAAUCGCAGCGGCAGGAUGAACCUCUUCUCCCUCAUGCAGUCCAUCAGUGAACUGGAUGCUGAGGAUAAGGGACGUGAGCAGCUUCCUGGCAGCCCGAGGCGGUCUCCAGGACAACGGAGGAGAAGCCACGCACGACGAGGUCUGACUCACCAGAGUGCGUGUGUGGACGUUUCACCUGAACCACGCAGCCUGCCGGACGCCGGACCGAGUCAACCCUAGAGUGGCAGAGCAGGGAAGGAUAGAGGAGGAGGAGGAGACUGAAGGAACGAGCUCCAGUAACAAGCCAAGGUUUUUUUUUUUACACUGUUCAUAUUAUUUCGAUGUUGAGAGUUUAAGAUUCAUGGUUUGAAGGUCAUGUCAUUGCAUUUCUCUGUUCAUAAUCAUUAGAACUGAUGGGCCACUCUCUGUAAAAGGAUUUUGCUGCAGUCUUGAUGUACCAGUAAAAGCUAGGAUGACAGAUUAUUGUAUUAUUAUGGUUUAUAGUUUUUAAUUUGAGAACAUAUCCUACCACAUAGAGACGCUACGGUUUUUCCUCCAUGUAACGUCCUCUUUCUCAAGCUCCAUUCGUUACCCCUUCCCUUCUUCUUCUCUUGCGUCAGCCCUCUCAAAAUUAUCUCUAUGCAAUUACUGUCCUCUGUAAAUUAGGCUGUAUGCUGCCAAUCCUCUCUCUCUCAUCAGAAGUCUUUUGCGUUCGCUGCUCACUGAUGUGAGGGUUCUUCUGUGUCUAAGCUGUGCAUUACGGACCAAGUCAGGGCCAGUUUCAUGGCACAAACCUAUUUGCCAAACAAUGUAUUCCAAUGUGCCAAUGAAUAUAGUGUAUUUAAUUGAGAAUAUGUAUCAUGUCACCCAUUUUAUUUUUAUUUUCUUAAACACCAGGACUGUGUGAGUGCCUUCAACCUGGGAAAGAAAUUCAACUCUGUGACCGGUGUUUUUAAUGUUUUCACUAUGAGUGGUGGCUGAAUAUUGGUUUUACCCUGUACUAUUUCUCACUUGGUGUGAUUGCAGUAUAAAUGUGACUUUUAAAGGUUUUGCAUGUGUGCAUAAAGCAUAUAUAUGUGUAUAUAUAUAUAUAUAUAUGUAUCCACAGAUAAUUUGUUUGAAGAACUGGGUGCAUGUUGUGUUUUUCUACCAGCCUACGAGAGAAAAGCUUUCACGUAUUUAUAUGAACAUUUAAUGGAUACGUUUAUCAGCAUAUUGUUCUCAGAUUUACUAGAUGCUGAUAUCGAACACGAUCUCAUCAUGCUGGGUUUAACUUUAUCCAGAGAAACCAAGCUACAUCUUACUUCACAUUUAAUCUGCAUGCUAGGUAAAACACCAUGCACUUUAUAUCCCACAACACUGUUCCCACUGCCUGAGCCAACAUCAAGCUAUGCUGUACUCGCUCCUUUUAGAAGACUUAUAAGUCUUUGUCUGUUUAAGCCCACCUCUCUAUGCCUUGUUGAUUUGAUCUCUCCACUGUCUACACUGUCUCACUCUUGUUUACAAGAAGCACUAUGAGUGAAAAAUAAAUAAUCAUCCUCCAACAAA